AUGCACUAUCUACUAACAUUUUUCUUAUUAAGUUUUAUUGUAUAUACAUCCAGUUGGCCAAUAAAAAGACAUAAACUGACAUUCAAUUCAAAUGAUACAUGUUGUAUAUUAGCUAAAUUAAAUAUUAAUGCAACAAAUGCAAAUCAUGGCCGAGAAUUUUUCGCAAAACUAAUUCUCAAUAAUGAAUCUUAUAAAGAUGUAAAUGAAAAUAAUAUUUGUUCUUUGAUGCAUUUUUUUAUGCAAGAAGCUGUACUUAAUGGGCGACCAAUAACAUUUUCGAAAGGUAUGUUUGUUUUAUAUGAUUCAACAAAGCAAUUUUUUAAUCAGUUGAUGAUGGCAAAAGAUGCACAAAAACAUGGCAGUGAAGAGCAUCGUUCAGGCUAUUUUAAACGUUUAAAGCAUUUUGCAGUUAGUUCUCUUAAAUCAUUAUUUCAUCUGAAAAAAUUAAAUCAAUCAGUUCCACAUGCUUUUAUUUAUGUUCGUGGCGAUGAAUCUUCACAUUUUCGAGAACGAGGAAUUUCAAAAGCACAACGAACAACAACUUAUCCAGCAUAUGGAAUGGACGUUACAUUUGGUUGUAUGCCGAAUGGUUUUGGUCAUAUUUUAUUUGGAAAAUUAAAAGAUUUAUAUCAAAAUGAAUCAGAUCCAUAUUAUGGUGAUAGAAUUUAUAUCAAACCUGAAGAGUUUGGUCUUCAAAAAUUCAAACAUUACGUCGGACAUUCUGGAAAAUAUCUGAAACAUAUUUCGCGACGUGUAAUAUGUAAAAUUGAAAAAUUUCAGCAUUCAGUUAUUUGUUCAAAGGAUGAAGCAUUUCGAGAAAAUACGGAUGCAAGAUUAGCAAAACAAUGGAAUCAAAUCUUAUCGACGAUUUCAAUUUUAACAGAAACUGAAAGAAAUUCUAUGCGCUUAAAAGCAUCUAAAGAAGGUAUUCAUGAAAUUUAUCGUCAAGCAUUAAUGUUUCACAAUGACUAUAUUCAAGUUCGUGAUUUUCAAAAAGAAUUAGAAAAUAAAUAUGGUUAUGAUACACGAUCAAGAAAAGGAAAUGAAAUUAUUUUUACCACUGAACAAUUACUCAAAAGUAGUAUAUCAUGCGAGUCAAAUGGGUUUCCCAUCAACAUAAAUCAUCAUAUUCAAUGCCACACGAAAAAUAAAAACACAACAAAUAGUGUAGUACAUUAA